AUGCCUCUGUGCCAAUGGAGGGCCGCCACCAGGGGCAGGAAGCCCGGUGGGGACGGAGCUCAGCCCAUGGCCAGCAGAGGAGGCCUGAAAGUGCUUCUGCACUGGGCUGGUCCCAGUGGUGGGGAGCCCUGGGUCACCUUCACUGAGGCCACACUGACCGCAGAGGACGUCUGCAUCCACAUCGCACACAAAGUCGGCAUCACUCCACCCUGCUUCAAUCUUUUUGCCCUCUUCGAUGCCCAGGCCCAGGUCUGGCUGCCUCCAAAUCACAUCCUGGAUACCUCCAGGGACUCCAGCCUGACGCUGCACUUCCGCAUGAGGUUUUAUUUCCGAAACUGGCAUGGCACGAAUCCUCAGGAGCCGGCUGUGUACCGCUGCGGGCCCCCAGGGUCCGAGACUUCCUCAGAACAGGGAGAGCAGGGGGUGCAGCUCCUGGACCCUGCCUCCUUUGAGUACCUCUUUGAGCAGGGCAAGCAUGAGUUUGUAAAUGAUGUGGCAUCACUAUGGGAGCUGUCUAGCGAGGAGGAGAUCCACCACUUCCAGAAUGAGAGCCUGGGCAUGGCCCUUUUGCACCUCUGCCACCUUGCUCUCCGCCAUGGUGUCCCCCUUGAGAAGGUGGCCAAGAAGACCAGCUUCAAGGAUUGUAUCCCACGCUCCUUCCGGCAGCAGAUCCAGCAGCACAAUGCUCUGACACGGCUGCGCCAACGGAGCAUCUUCCGCAAGUUCCUACGGGCCUUCCAGCCCAGCUGCCUCUCCCAGCAGGUCGUCAUGGUGAAGUACCUGGCCACACUCGAGCGGCUGGCGCCCCGCUUUGGCACAGAGCGUGUGCCCGUGUGCCACCUGGAGCUGCUGUCCCAGGUGGAAGGGGAGCCCUGCUACAUCCAGGACGGUAGGCAGGCCCCUCCCGAACCCGGGUCUGAGUCUGCUGCCGGACCCCCCACCCACGAGGUGCUGGUGUCAGGCACAGAAGGCAUCCGGUGGCGGCUGGUGCGGGCGGAGGGGCCUGGUGAUGGUGGUGGUGGUGGCGGCAGCAGGAUGCCUGAUGCUGGCCCAUCUGGGAAGAAAAUGAAGGCCCAGAAGGCAGGCAGUGAGCCAGUAGACAGACCUCGGGAGACCCCCUGGUGCUACUUUUGCGACUUCCAGGACAUCACCCACAUGGUGCUGAAGGAACGCCACGUCAGCAUCCAUUGUCAGGACAACAAGUGCCUGGAGCUGACCCUGCCUUCCCGAGCUGCGGCCCUGUCCUUGGUGUCACUGGUGGAUGGUUACUUUCGCCUGACCGCCGACUCCAACCACUACCUGUGCCACGACGUGGCUCCUCCACGGCUGGUGAUGAGUAUCCAGGAUGGUAUCCACGGACCCCUGCUGGAGCCAUUCGUGCUGGCCAAGCUGAAGCCCGAGGCUGGCCUCUACCUCAUCCACUGGAGCACCAGCCACCUCCACCGCCUCAUCCUCACAGUGGCCCAGUGCGACCAGGCUCCCGGCACCAAGGGCUUGCGCCUGCGGAAGUUCCCCAUUGAGCUCCGGGCCGGGACAGUCAUGCUGGAGGGCUGGGGCCGAUCUUUCCCCAGCGUGCGGGACCUGCGGGCCGCCCUGCAGGACUGUUCGCUGCGGGCCGGUGACGACUGCUUUUCCCUGCGUCGCUGCUGCCUGCCCCGGCCGGGAGAGAUCUCCAACCUCAUCGUCACACGUGGGCCUCAGGCCAGCACCAGACCGCUCAAUCUCAGUCAUCUCAGCUUCUACCGGAUCUGCCAGGAAGAUAUCACCCAGCUAUCCCACUUGGGCCAGGGCACAAGGACCAACGUGUAUGAGGGCCUCUUGCGAGUGGGGGGCAGAGGCCCCGAGGAGGACAAGGCAGAUGGCGAGGAACCCCCCGUGCCCGCUGGGGACCAUGGGCAGAAGCUGCGUGUGGUACUCAAGGUGCUAGACCCCAGUCACCACGACAUCGCCCUGGCCUUCUACGAGACAGCCAGCCUCAUGAGCCAGGUCUCCCACGUGCAUCUGGUCUUCGUCCACGGCGUCCUUGUGCACGGCUCCGAGAACAUCAUGGUCACCGAGUACGUGGAGCACGGGCCCCUGGACGUGUGGCUGCGGCGGGAGAGGGGCCGCGUGCCCCUGGCCUGGAAGUUGGCAGUGGCCCAGCAGCUGGCCAGCGCCCUCAGCUACCUGGAAGACAAAAGCCUGGUUCAUGGCAACGUGUGUGGCCGGAACAUCCUGUUGGCACGGCUGGGGCUGGCGGAGGGCACCAGCCCCUUCAUCAAGCUGAGCGACCCAGGCGUGGGACUGAGUGUGCUCUCCAGGGAGGAGCGGGUGGAGCGGAUCCCCUGGACAGCCCCCGAGUGCCUGUCUGGUGGAGCCCACAGCCUGAGCACCGCAGCCGACAAGUGGGGCUUUGGUGCCACCCUCCUGGAGAUCUGCUUUGACGGCGAGGCCCCCCUGCAGGGCCGCAGUCCCUCUGAGAAAGAGCGCUUCUACCAGAAGCAGCACAAACUGCCCGAGCCUUCGUGCCCAGAGCUGGCCACACUCACCAGCCAGUGCCUGACCUACGAGCCAGCCCAGCGGCCGUCCUUCCGCACCAUCCUGCGUGACUUCACUCAGCUACAGCCCCAGAAUCUCGCUGAUGUCUUGUCUGUGAGCCCGGAUUCACUUGCUUCAGAUCCCACGGUUUUCAACAAGCGAUAUUUGAAAAAGAUCCGUGAUCUGGGUGAGGGUCACUUCGGAAAGGUCAGCCUGUAUUGCUACGACCCGAACAAUGACAGCACUGGUGAGAUGGUAGCCGUGAAGGCCCUCAAGGCAGACUGCGGUCCCCAGCUCCGGUCGAGCUGGAGGCGAGAAAUUGACAUCCUACGCACCCUCUACCACAAGCACAUCGUCAAGUACAAGGGCUGCUGCGAGGACCAAGGCGAGAAGUCGGUACAGCUGGUCAUGGAAUACAUGCCCCUGGGCAGUCUCCGAGACUACUUGCCCCGGCACAAUGUCGGGCUGGUCCAGCUGCUGCUCUUCUCCCUGCAGAUCUGCGAGGGUAUGGCCUACCUGCACACACAGCACUACGUGCAUCGAGACCUGGCCGCGCGCAACGUGCUGUUGGACAACAACAGGCUGGUCAAGAUCGGGGACUUCGGCCUCACCAAGGCCGUGCCCGAGGGCCACGAGUACUACUGCGUGCGCGAGGAUGGGGACAGUCCUGUGUUCUGGUAUGCCCCGGAGUGCCUGAAGGAGUGUAAGUUCUACUAUGCAUCGGACGUCUGGUCCUUUGGGGUCCUCAUGUAUGAACUGCUGACCUACUGUGACUCCAGCCAGAGCCCCCCCUCGAAAUUCAUCGAGCUCAUAGGCCUCACCCAGGGACAGAUGACCGUGCUGAGGCUCACGGAGCUGUUGGAACGAGGGGAGAGGCUGCCACAGCCAGAGAGAUGCCCCUCUGAGAUCUAUUCCCUCAUGAAGGACUGCUGGAAGGCAGAGGCCUCAUUCCGCCCGACCUUCCAGAACCUCGUACCCAUCCUCAGAUCAUACCACGAGAAAUACCAAGGCCAGGCCCCCUCAGUGUUCAGUGUCUGCUGA